AUCCACUUAAACUUGCAAAUCAAUAAAAAAAAAUUGCGUCGUCGUCGUCGUCUUCGUCAUUCUUAUCAUCAAUAAAAUUGUACAAGUGUAAUUUCUCAUUUUGAAGGUAAACUUUUUGAUUCAUAUACUGUGAAAUAAUUAACUAUAUUAACCACAAAAUCGAUUAUUACGUGUGCAUCAGACCCAAAAAAACUGUUAACCUGAUCAAAAAUUGUUACUACAAUCUUUGUAAUUUAUAAUUUUUACCCUUGGUUGAUUGAAUCAGAAAAAAAUAAUGUUUUGUGCAAAAUAUUCCAACAAAAGUUUCAAUUGAUUCAUUCAAUUCGUUUCAUUGUUUAUUUUUUAUACUUUUCUUCUGGUUCCAUUAUGUUCUCGUAUGCGACAGGAACUUCGUCUUCAUCAUCAUCAUCAGCGAAUAACCGCAAUAAUAAUAAUAAUAAUAGUAGUAGUAGAGAAAAUUGUCGAAAUUCAACAAACCAGAAUAACAGCAGCAAUCCAAGAGGUCAAUCAUUUAAAUUCAAUUUUAACGAAUCAUUUCGUAAAAUUUACGACGAUUUUCAAGAUAUCAAAGUGUCAUUCGAUGACAUUUCAAAGAAUAUACCAGAGAUGAAUAAAAUAUUCAACAUAUCGAAAACAUCUUGUAAUUCGUGCAAUUCUGUUAAUUCAAACAUAUUUGCAAGGAAAAGAAAAUGUGGUAAAUGUUCAUUGACAUUUUGUUCACAAUGUAUGGUUUAUAAUCCAGUGCCAUCAAGAAAAUCUAUCUGCAAUCGUUGUACAGUGUUUAGCCAACAUCCGAUAUCAAAAGAAGCUUUAAAUUCAUUAAAAGUUCGUGAUUUAAAAUGGUUUCUUGCUUCAAAGAAUAUAUCUUCGCAUCAUUGUUAUGAAAAAUCCGAACUUAUUGAUCUGAUCAUAUCGUUUCGCAAUGGAACUUCUUCAUCAUCGUCAUCAGGAAUAAAUUCUUCUACCAAUGCACAUCAACGUCGUCAUUCUUAUGCCAAUGCUUCUGCCUCCAGCAAUAAUGAUCAACAACAUGAAUCAAACUCAUCGUCAUCAUCGAAUAAUCAUCGUCAAAAUUUCUAUGAAACAUCAUCACAUUCAUCGCCAACAUCGUUUUAUAAUAAUUUAAACAAUCGAUCACCAUCGUCAACAUCAUUCGAAUCACAUAAUGAAACAGUGGAUCUGAAUGCAAAUUCCAAUGACAAUGAUACAAUCAAUUCAAAUAGUGAUAAAACUAAUAAACAAGCGAAUAAAACAUCACCAUCAUCAUCGUCGUCGUCUUCUUCAAUGAAUAUAAAAUUAGAUGAUAUCAAAAAUGAAGAGGAGAUACGAAAAUUAUCUGUAAAACAGUUGAAAUUAUUAUUGACUAGAAAUUUCGUUAAUUUUAAAGGCUGUGUUGAACGUGAAGAAUUGGUGGGCAAAGUUUUACUAUUGUAUAAUGAUAAAAAACAAAAUGAUAUUCUUAAAGAUCAAUUGGAAACAGAAAAAGCAUCGAUCAAUAGCGGUGGUGUGGAUGAAAAUCAAUGUAAAAUUUGUUGGGAAAAUGUAAUCGACUGUGUUCUAUUGGAUUGUGGUCACAUGCUUACUUGUACGGAUUGUGGUAAAGUGUUGAGUGAAUGUCCUAUUUGUCGACAAUUCAUAACUCGUGUUGUUCAUGUUUUUAAAUCAUGAAUUUUAAUUUUUUUGAUUGAAGCCAGCCACACCAACCAGAUCUCUAUUCUCUUUAAAAUCCUGUUUACGAACAAGAUGUUAAUGUUAUUUGGUCGAAACUCCAUUAUCCAAAUCUGUUUUUUUUGCCGUUUGAAAAAAGAUUUAUGUUUUUCACAGUAAAUACGUUUAUUUUCAAAAAAAAAAAAAAAAAAUAAAUUUUCAUUAUUUUUUCAUAAAUAAAAUGUUUUGCUGUU